AUGUCCAGCUCAGCAUCAUCAUUCCGGGCUCCACCUGUCUGCGCUGCUGCGGUGCCAGGUGUGCUGGACGUACAUGCCGCUGAGUCGUCGGCUGCGCGCACUCGUCAGGAUGUGGAUGCCCGCCUGGUCAGGCAUCGUCUCGCACUGGCAGUGGUGCGAAAAAUGAUCUUCAAGCGUGUAGCAAAUGAAGAGCUGAACGACCCACGGAGGCAGCGACGUGAAGUGGCGGUGCGCUGCGCGAAGGGGGCUAGCGCAACGGGCGCAGCCACCCGGUCGGUCGGCAGCGGGAGUCGUUUGCAGAUUCAGAGUUUGCGGAGGCCGUUUGGCUUUCUUCUCGAACAGCAGCACGCGCCCAAUCACACCCAACACCCGCCGCCUGACUCUCUGCCCCUGAGAUGA